AUGAAUACAAGGGAAUAUCAAGGAAGGCAAAAGCGUCCCUGCCCACGACCCCAUCCCCGCCCAAUACGACCUCCAUCCCCUGCCCACGACCCUCCAUCCCCACCCACGACCCUCCAUCCCCAAAGGCCCACGAACCUCCAUCCCCGCCCACGAACCUCCAUCCCGCCCACAACCCUCCAUCCCCUGCCCACGACCAUCCCCGCCCACGAACCUCCAUCCCCGCCCACGACCUCCAUCCCCGUCCACGAACCACCAUCCCCACCAUCCCCGCCCACGACCCUCCAUCCCCACCCACGACCCUCCAUCCCGCCCACGACCCUCCAUCCCCGCCCAUUUAGUCUCCAUCCCGCCCACGACCCUCCAUCCCCGCCCACGACCCUCCAUCCCCGGGGGCCCACGACCUCCAUCCCCGCCCACGACCUCCAUCCCCGCCCACGGACCUCCAUCCCGCCCACGACCUCCAUCCCCGCCCACGACCCUCCAUCCCUGCCCACGACCCUCCAUCCCCCGCCCACGAACCUCCAUCCCCUGCCGCCCACGACCCUCCAUCCCCCGGGUCCACGAACCACCAUCCCCCGCCCACGACCCCCUCACCCCCGCCCACUGAACCUCCAUCCCCCUGCUCACGACCCUCCAUCCCCCGCCCACGGCCCCAUCCUGCCCACGACCUCCAUCCCCGCCCACGACCUCUAA